AUGAGAGUACCAGACACACGAGCAACCAAUGCCCACUGCGAGAAGUGCAUCUACGACCACCUGGACUACCCUGUCGAGCCCACCUUCCAAGGUCCCCACAACCACGAGUACAACCAAGACUACCAUCACGACGCCCACCGUCGUCGCAUAAUCCCGCGAAGGUCCGAUCGGCUGCUUCCUCGGCUGCGCCGCCCUCACCGUCGUCUGCCUGCAGGGGCUCUCCAACAUAUCGCCAGGACCAGCGCGCAGCAGUGCCAGUGCCACGAGGCCAGCUCCGUAUGGCCCAUCUACUGCUUCGCCUCCAUUGGCUAUAUCGCGACGAUAGUCGGUGCCAUCGCCAUGACCGAGACACUACCGCGCGACACGAAUUUCCCUCUGGCGUCGAUGGUCGGCAACUGCACGGCGGUGACGUGGACGCUGCGGGAAUGCCAGAACGACCUGGCGAGCCUGGCCACGCUGCCACAGACCGCGGGGAUGUGGUACCGCAUCCUCUUGUGGAUUUGGGUGGCGUGCGCCGUCGAACUGAAGACGGGUGCUUUUUACCGCGGCGUGUCGUACUUGGAUGCUACGCUGAAGCCUAAGUUGACGGGUGCAGUUCAGGCGUCGCCGGCGAAGAAGGGCUAA